AUGAAGGUGGCAGCGACGUCGAGCGACAUGAGCGAGCGCGAGCGCUACCGCGCGCCGCCGCCCGAGCCGCCGCCGCACCGCGUGCGCGCCGCCGACCUGUACCCGCGCACGCGUACGCACUACGACGAGCCCGGCCUCGACGCGGGCUUCGCGCCGAUAUGUGGCGAGUUCGUGCAGUGGGUAGGUCGCACAUCAGACGGCGGUACUAUCGCGAUGUCCAACUACAGACUGCACCUACAGCCGCGCCGGCGCACCCCCGGCUCCUCAGUGCCUCUCCGAGUGAUCGACGCGCUCGAGAUACGCGACCUGCUCUGCUUGAUCAUACUCUGUAAACAGGGAAGGCAAUUGAAAUGUUCGUUCAACACAAGCGAACAGUGCUUGGAGUGGUGGAGAAGACUGAACACUGCCCUAGUGCCCUUCAGCUCGUUGCAAGAGACCUUCGCGGCCGCGUACGCCGCCUGGGCCAAGGAACUACCUCCCACCUCCGUCCAUAGAGCGCUCUUGCGCGCCUCACAUGUUCCACACCGGCAUUGGUUUGGACCUGAGUUGGAACGACUCGGCUUUACAACGAAGGGUGUGUGGCGGGUGACGGCCGCGAACGCGGACUACAAGCUAUGUCCCUCUUACCCGCCCCUCCUCAUCGUGCCCGCGAGCAUCUGUGAUGAGGACUUAGAGUUCGUUGCACGGUUCCGUGCAAUGCGACGUAUCCCGGCGGUGGUUUGGCGGCACCGCGGCACGGGCGCGGUGAUCGCGCGCGCGUCGCAGCCGGAGGUGGGCUGGCUCGGCUGGCGCUCCAGCGAGGACGAGCGGCUGCUGGCCGCCUUCGUGGCCGCCUGCAACCAGGACAGGGCCACGCCCAACAAGCAACUGAAGCUGCUGAUAGUGGACGCGCGGUCGUACGCGUCGGCGGUGACCAACCGCGCGCGCGGCGGCGGCUGCGAGUGCGCGCAGUACUACCCGCACGCCGACAUACAGUUCAUGAGCCUGCCUAACAUACACCACGUGCGCCGCAGCUUCCAGCAGAUGCGGCUGCUGGCCGCCGAGCCCCAGGACCAGCCCAACUGGCACAGCAACCUGGAGCGCACGCUGUGGCCGCAGUACGUGUGCGGCGUGGCGCGCGCGGCCGCCACCGUGGCGCGCGCCGCCGCCGCCGGCCGCCCCGUGCUCGUGCACUGCAGCGACGGCUGGGACCGCACGCCGCAGCUCGUGGCCGCCGCGCAGGUCAUGCUCGACCCCCACUACCGCACGCUGCAGGGCUUCCGCGUGCUGAUCGAGCGCGAGUGGCUGGACUUCGGGCACAAGUUCGCGGACCGCUGCGGCCACCAGUUCGGGCCCGAGGACCCCAACGAGCGCUCGCCCAUCUUCCUGCAGUGGCUGCACGUGGUCUACCAGAUGAUGCUGCAGUACCCCUGCAGCUUCGAGUUCAAUGAGGCCUAUCUGAUAAAGCUCGCGACACACGUGCACUCGUGCAUGUUCGGCACGUUCCUGUGCAACAGCGCGCGAGAGCGGGCCGAGUGCCGCGCGGGCGACGCCGCCGCGCACGUGUGGAGCCUGCUGCAGGCGCCCGCCUACCGCAACCACCUGUACGCGCCGCACCCGCACACGCACCACCACCACGACCAGGUGCUGUGGCCGGAGUGCAGCGUGCGCGCCACGCAGGUGUGGUGGGGGCUGUUCCGCGGCGAGCGCGACGCGCCGCGCCCAGCGCCGCCGCCACCGCCGCCGCCGCCGCCCGCGCUGCACAACGGUCUGAUGACAAAAACGAGAUCCUGCGAUAACCUCGUAUGCGAGGGCGAGAAACGCACAGCGCAGCGCCGCUGCAGCGACCCCAGCCUCGCGCCCGACGUCAUGAAACUAUCUUUGGUAGUGAAUGGCAACGCGAACACGGAGCGCGUGGAGGGCGACGUGCCCACGCUCACGGACAGCUGCGUGGAGCGCCUGCCCGCCGGCGACCACGCCGACCACGACCAUGUUAACCACGACCACGUAGACCACGUUGUUGACCACGCCGACCAGACUGAUCACACUGACACCGAUACUGACCAGGUGGACGGUCUCCAUCCAGACCACUUCGACAACCGAGUGCGGGACAUCACUAGCAACUCGUCGUCCCUGGAGCGCGAGAUAGUGUCGGCGCCGACUGCGGACCUCCCGGCCCCGUCCCUCCCGCGGGAGCUCCUCAGCGGGCUGGCCAAAGACGACACUCCCGAGGAGCCCGCCGUGUUUGUGUGCGAGACGUACACUGAUGUCAUCGGAAUGGCAGAGGCUGCAAGAGAGUCAGCGAGAACAAGGAACAUAAGCAUAACAUGGCGGUCGAUAUCGGAGUCCAGCAACCAGUCCUCAACUGGUUUCGACAUCCCCGAGAACUCGCCGCAAACCCGCACCGAACCCACCACCCUUCGGUUGCAGGACGCGGUGGACAACCACAACUCAACCGAAGGGGACGUCGUCAACCACAACAUCGUGAAUGAACUGACCAACCACAAUAGGGAAGUGAAUGUGAACGGUUUAGCGGAUAUUGGGUCGAAGUUUCUAGAAGUUGAUUUGAAUGGCGGCGGGUCGUCGAGCGGGCUGAGCUCGGAGAGCGAGGGCGAGGGCGCGGCGCGCGCGUCGCAGCUCACGCUGUGCCCCGCGUCCCCGCGCCGCGCGCCCGCGCCGCCGCCGCCGCCGCCCCACUGCGUCUCCGUAUAUAAUGAGGGUGUACACGAUGUGGUCGCAGGCGCGGGGUCGUCGACGUCGAGCGCGGAGACGUGCUACUGCGGCGCGUGCGGCGGGUGCGGCGCGUGCGCGUGCGCGUGCGCGGGCGAGGCGGGCGCAGCGCGCGCGCGCUGCGUGUGCGGUGCCGGCGCGCGCGCGCACGCCGCGCCGCCCGACGGCCUGCCGCCCGCCGCCGACCCGCUGCAGGCGAGGCUGCACCAGAUUAUACUGUAUCAGAAGAAAGUAGUAGAGGAGCUAAGCGGGCAGCUGCGUGAGGCGCGCGAGGCGCUGCGCCGCGCGUCGCCCGCGCCGCCGCCGCCCGCGCCCCUCGUGCCGCAGGCGGCGGGGCGCAGCAACGGCACGGCGCGCAGCAGCAGUGCGGGCGCCAGCAGCAGCAGCAGCAGCAGCGCGUCCGAGGUGGAGGUGGGCGAGGAGGCGCGCGGCGUGGCGUGGCUGCCGGACGCCGCCGCGCCGCGCUGCCAGCACUGCCGCAACCAGUUCUGGCUGGCGCGCCGCCGCCACCACUGCAGACGCUGCGGUGGUAUAUUCUGCGGCUCGUGCUCGGAGAUGAGCCCAUGGGGAGACCUGGGCGCGGUGCGCGUGUGCCGCCGCUGCCGCCUGCGG